AUGUCACCACGUCAGGAAGAUUCGGCUGCGGAGCAGCAGCAGCAGCAACCGGAGCUAGAAGUCGAGGGGGUAGAUGAGAGCGAGGGGGAUCGACAAGAUCGUGCCGCAAGCACAACAACUCCUGCAGCCGGAGUACUGGGAGCACCCAACCACGCGUCGACGAGCGCCAAUAUCACACAGCCAGUCAAUCCGCAGGUCGUGCUCGCGCCUCCAACCCAGCCCGCCCAACCCGCCCAAGCUGCAGCACCCGCUACAGCCAUGGCAGUCCCGCUGCACGAUCUUCCCGGGCUCGCGCCCAACCAAGUCAUACCAGCGGGGUUCCAUGAAUACUUGCUUGGCCACGUCCUCCGCAAGCUACGAGCCGGCGAGCCUGGCAUGCAUCUCGGGGCGCUUCCCGGUUCCUUGCAAGCAAUGGUGGAUACAGAUGCAGCUGGUGAGGAGUCUGACCGCGACGCAGAUGGAGAAGAUAAUGAUCGCAUCUCGGGGGACGAAGAAGAGGAUGAAGAUGAUGAAGAAGAAGAUGAUGAUAGUGAGGACGAUGACGAGGAAUAG